CUGCAGCAGCGUAGCCUCCUCUCUUGAUACGAGUGGAGUGAAGGCGUAUUUGGAGGGAUAACGAUAGCGGGCUCGGUCACUGAGAGCUUAAAGACAAUCUGCUGCUUCUACAGACAGACCGCCAGACAGAAACGGACUGGAGGAACCGGGACGACUAUCCGUGAGGCAUUUUUAAAUGGCCACAACAUUUCCAGAAGAGAGACGGUGCUGCCCGUAACACUACCUGUACACAACCCAACGCGUCCUGGAAAUUAGGACGUGUGACAUUUUGAGUAAAUCAAACGUAACGGAAGUUUUUGGGAGCGAUUUUUAGGAGUUUUAUAUUUGUUGGGUGUAGUCAUGGACGAGGAUAAUCAAGGCGAGCGAGAUGAAGAUGUGGAACAGAUGCAAAGAGAGACUGAUGUCUUCAGUCAGAUCUUCAAAAUAGUGCCCGAGGACCUGUCUUUGGAGGAGAGAGUUGAGCUGUCGAACAUCCGACGCAGGAAAAAAGAGCUCCUCGAUGAUAUAGAACGUCUGAAGUUUGAAAUUUCAGAAGUUAUGAAUGAGAUCGAACAGCUAACCUCUGUGGGGGAAAGCAAAACUUCACAAAGAAACAAACAGAUCGCCAUGGGAAGGAAGAAGUUCAAUAUGGACCCAAAAAAGGGAAUCCAGUUCCUCUUGGAGAAUGAUCUUCUUCAGAACACACCAGAAGACAUUGCACAGUUUCUCUACAAAGGCGAAGGGCUCAACAAAACCGUCAUUGGGGACUACUUAGGCGAACGGGAUGACUUUAACAUCAAGGUCCUCCAGGCCUUUGUGGAGCUUCAUGAGUUUGCAGACCUCAACCUUGUUCAAGCCUUAAGGCAGUUUCUGUGGAGCUUCAGACUUCCCGGUGAAGCCCAGAAGAUUGAUCGCAUGAUGGAGGCGUUUGCCUCCAGGUACUGCCAGUGCAAUCCUGGAGUCUUCCAGUCCACAGACACCUGCUAUGUCCUCUCAUUUGCCAUUAUAAUGCUGAACACCAGCCUCCACAAUCCCAACGUGAGAGACAAGCCCCCGGUGGAGCGCUUCAUCUCCAUGAACAGGGGGAUCAACGAGGGGGGAGACCUCCCAGAGGAGCUACUCAGGAAUCUGUAUGACAGCAUCAAGAGCGAACCCUUUAAGAUCCCAGAGGAUGAUGGGAACGACCUGACGCACACGUUCUUCAACCCAGACAGAGAAGGAUGGCUGCUCAAAUUAGGUGGCCGAGUGAAAACCUGGAAGAGGAGGUGGUUCAUCCUGACGGACAAUUGCCUCUACUACUUUGAAUACACGACGGACAAAGAACCUCGUGGGAUCAUCCCGCUGGAGAAUCUGAGCAUCAGGGAGGUGGAGGAGCCCAGGAAACCCAACUGCUUUGAGCUGUACAACCCAAAUCACAAAGGUCAGGUGAUCAAAGCCUGCAAGACGGAGGCAGAUGGACGCGUUGUUGAGGGCAACCACGUGGUGUACAGGAUAUCAGCGCCUACGCCAGAGGAGAAGGAGGAGUGGAUUAAAUCUAUCAAGGCCAGCAUCAGCAGAGACCCCUUCUACGACAUGCUGGCCACCAGGAAGAGGCGCAUCGCCAACAAGAAGUGAGGAGGGACAAUUCACAAUCCACUCCGAAGGCCUCCACCUUUCCCUCCUUGAGUUUAUGAACACAUAAAUGGCCGUUCGCCACAGAAGUGACUGCUCUAACCUCGGCUUCUUCUCUGGACGUUCUGCCCGCAGUCGUCAGGGAGACAUCUCUCACAACUUGGGGGGACAGCGGAGCUUCAGGAAAUCCGUGGAAGCGGAGCAGCAAAAACCAGCCUGCUUGUGUCGUGUUGAACUCAUCCGUCCGUCUCACUUGUGUCUGUGUCUUUUAAAGCACAACUGCCAUGUUUCAGGUGCACAUGCAUGCAUGUGAGGUAAAACUGGCCAAUAUUUUUGUGUGUUGGUGUGCAGCAUCUAGAAUACGUGUGCAUGAGAGAUGCAGGUGUUUCCUCCACUGUGCUUUAUUUAAAACAUUUAAACAGAAGAACUUAUAGGAAAUUUAGAUGGAUGCUUUCAUUGUGAGGAGUUAGAGGAGGGAAAUGGACGUGUUUUUGAGGGUUGUUAGUGGAAUCAGUGCAUCUCGAUCUGGUGCUGAAUUCUUCUCUCCAGGUGACCUGCUCAGAGUAACCUCAGAAAAAUAAUCAAACGCAGGUUCUACGUGGAGGAUUAGUCAGCUGGGCUGAUUUCAUCUCAUUAUGUGAAGGAGACUUUUAAAACAAGCACACUUGUGUAUUUUAUUUGAGGAUUUGUGCUUUUGUUGAGGAUUCAGAUUCAACUUGCUUCUCAGAUUGGAAGUUUUAUUCCUUUAUCAGAGCUGGUCGAUUAGACGACGUUCCCACCAACAAGUUAAAGAUUGAAUGAUUAAUGCAACAAGAGGGAAACUGGCUCACCUUUGAUACUGUACCAUUUUAACAGUUGCAACUUGGCUUAGCGAAGCCAAAACUAGCUGCACAUCUUCAUUUGACACAAAUGAUGAGCUAUCAGAGUGAAUAAAAGUAGGUAUUUUGUACAUAAUUGGUGCUAUCAGCACUAGCUUUUGCAUAUAUUCAAUAAAAUAAAUAAGGAAUUUUGAUCAGAUUAACAUCGUCACUGAAGCAUAGCUUUACUCUGAUUCCUUCUGAAUCGGAAAACCUUUAACCAGCUUUUAAAAGGACCAACAUUUAUUUGAACUUUAGAAUCACUUUUAUUUCACAGUCUCUUCAGCUGGGUUUGAUUUCUAACAGUCCAUUAGGUACCAGUCUGAUUAAGCUUUUAUUAUUUGAGUUUUCUUUUCUGUAAUGUAAGUGGACAUUAAUGUAUUGCUGUGAUUUGUUUGCGUUGGUUUCUACUCCUAAAGAUCCUUGCUUGCUUUUGUGUUCCUGCUUUAUGAACUUCAACAUAAUACUCGAGCAUCAUUUUUUUAAUAUUUAUUUUCAUUUGUGAAAUGGUUUAAUACUCCCCUGUAAGUGUUGAAUGAUGUAUGCCUAAGCUAUGUUUGUAUAUAUCCUGUAUAGGUUUGGCUCAGUGUGUUGCUGGAUGCACACGUGUGCGUUAGCUGAAGUUUGGGCUCUUCUUUGCCUUAAACACAAUCGCUGAAGAUUAAUGAUGAAGAGAAUUUAGGUCAAUAACUGACUAAAUUGUUCAAAAGCCAUGAGUGAGAAGAGAGAUGGUUCUAUUUAUGAUAAUGAAAAAGAUUAUAGUGAAAUGUUAAAGAUGCUGAUAAUAUCAUUGAUGUCAAAAACACCAAUAGUUUUCUAUGUGAUUGUAAAUUACAACAUUAGCCUUGUGGUCAGGGCUUGUUUUUAUUUCCUGCAGCCUGUGAGAGGCUGUAGAUGCAUUAACUUUUAUAUUCUGUGUAAAAUCUGUUGGUCACAUUUAGUGUAUCUACAUAAAGUAUACAUAAAGCUUCAA